CGUAUAGAAUACAAUACAUAUGUAUGAACAAUUAUGUAUGUAAAACAUGCUGAUUUUAAACUUUUUUACUUGCAUAAUUUUUUUCUCUCCUCGAUUGGCUAUUCCAAUGAAAAUUAAAAAUUCACAUUUCUGAGAUUCCUACUACAAAUUAAUUAAGCAAAUGAUCAUGCGCAGAGUAUAUAGGUAAACACACUGAAAGAUAAAAUGAUUUAUUCUAUGCAUGUUUAUUAAAAUUAGAAUGGGCUUGGAAAAGGUUAGUUUGAAAAAAAAGAAAUAAGAAACAGUUCUACAAAUACAUAGCAGUUCUCAGAAUCUCUGUAGAAGAUUAGUUCGCAUUUGCGCUUGAUUCAUCGUUUGUCGUAUAUUCGUUAAGAUCGUAUCGGUGAAGUUUUGUGUAUUACUUCGCAAGAAAAUUUUUUUUUGAAAAAUGUUUGCAUUAUUUUUUGCUUUUGUAUUCGUAACAGCUGCAUAUGCUGCAAAUGACAUACCUUUCUACAUUCGCUUAUGUGGGCGUAACAGUCCCAACGAUGUCUACGGUCAAUGCAUAAAAGACAACAUCAAUAAUGUGAAGAAUACGAUUUGCAGUCAAGGCUUACCAGAAUUUAACGUUUCUCCCUUAGAGCCAAUAAUUAUUGACAAAAUAGUUGUUUAUGACAGAGAUAGUCUUAAAUUGAUUGUCACAGAUGCAAAAGUAAGAGAUUUUUGUGAUCUUGAUAUAACCUUUAUUAACGUACAUGGCGAUAAGCUUCGUUUCGAGGCUGGUGCCCUAAUUAAACAUAUUACCGUGGAUGCUACGUAUGACUUUGAUAUACAAUUACUGGUGUCGCUUGCUCAUAAAGGACUAAUUCACGUUACUACAGAUGACCUAGGCGUAAAAUUGGAAGUACAAUUAAAAGAGGUAACCAAGAACAACAAAACACAGAUGUACAUAUCGAAAACAAAAUCGCAGAUAGAUAUUACAAAAUACACUUUUCAAUUUGAUGACGAAAAGGAGGGCUUAGGUCAAUUACAUGACAUUCUUACCAAAACUAUAAACGACAACGCCAAGGAAAUUAUAAAUAAAAUUAAACCAUCGCUAGAACUAGCGCUCUCUAAAACGUUUAUGUCAGUUUAUAACAAAGUAAUUUACAACAGAUUUGAGCAACUAUUUCCUGAUGAAGUUUAGAAACGUCUAGAAUUUUAAGACUUACUUUAUCGUAAAGUCGUUUUACGCAUACGCAUCUAAUUUGAAUAUAGAAUAUGAUAUAUAAUUUAAAUAUAUUAUCUAUAAACGCGACUAAACAAUGUAUGGCUGUACUAUAUAUUAAUAAGAAUACAGUGAAAGAUAUAAACCCAAACUUGGACAAAGCAAUAAAUGAAUUUGUCAGCAGAAACCAGCACAGAGCGUCGCAAUUCGUAAACGGCGUCGAAGAGUACAAAAUAAAUAAAAAAUAAUAAAUAGUUGUUACUUUGCA